GCUGGCCACCGUCACCGUCAACAAGCAGCAGUACGAGAGCAGGGGAGCCUCCAUCCACGCCCUCAGCCUCCACAUGCAGGACUUCGUCAAGAUCCUUGGCCUCAAGCACCGUCGCGAGGUGGCGGGGAAGAGUGCCAUAUUCAGUGGGGAGCACUUUGUCCUGGAGGAGACCGACUGGUACCUGCUCAACCUCUUCCGGCUCUGGUGGCACUAUGGCAUCAGCUUCCUGCGCUUGCAGAUGUGGGUGGAGGAGGUGAUGGAGAAGUUCAUGAGGAUCUACAAGUACCAGGCACACGGCUAUGCAUUCUCCAGCCUGGAGGAGCUGCUGCGCUCACUGGGGGGUGACACCUUCGUCAACAUGACACAGCGCUCAGUGGCCGAGUCCUUGCUGGAGGUGGGCGUCACGCAGCGCUUUGUGGAUGAUGUCAUCGCGGCCGUCCUGCGCUCCAGCUACGGGCAGUCAGUGCUGGUGCCCGCCUUUGCAGGAGCCAUGUUGCUAGCAGGGUCCCAGGGCAGCACCUGGGCAGUGGAAGGAGGCAACAAACUGGUAUGUUCAGGUCUACUGAAGCUGACCAAAGCCAACAUCAUCCCGGCCAGGGUGACCGGUGUCUCUCUGCACAGCUCAGAGGGGAGAGCAUUGUACCAGGUGCACUAUGAGGGCAGUGAAGGCCAAGGCUCGGCUUUCUACGACAUGGUGGUUGUGACGACUCCCCUGCACCCCAACAGGAGCAACUUCACCUUCGAGAACUUCAAGCCACCCAUCGCUGACUUCCCCGGAGCCUUCCAGCCCUCCGUCACCUCCGUGGUGCAUGGCUACCUCAACUCCUCCUACUUUGGCUUCCCUGACCCCCAGCUCGAAAACCUCUUCUACCUCAGUGGCGUGGAGUGGGUGGCCAGCUCCAUGGAGAUGAUAGCGGUGGCAGCCAAAAAUGUGGCCCUGCUGGCUUACAACCGCUGGUAUCAGGACCUGGAGAAAAUUGACCAGAAGGACUUGAUGCACAAGGUGAAGACCGAGCUGUGACACCCAGGGGAGGCGGUGGGAUGGGAGUUUCUGCGUGUGGUAGC